AUGGAGCAAGAGGCAGUGGAGAACGAGGAAGAGGAGUACGGAAUGCACUUUGGCAAGCGGGACAUUUACCGAGUCGGUACGAACAUGUUGAUGCUUACAAGUUUCUUCGAUGAUCCUGGGACAGGACCAUUCGACGAGUACCAACCACCGUUGGGAUCGUUGCGCUCGAGCGUGGCCCAGGGAAAGCAGAUGGCUUACGGCGCGCGGACAAAUCUCUUCGACGCGGAAGUCAAGCGGAUCUUUCAGGGCGAAGCGCUGCCCGAGCUCGGCCGGCCGCCCAACAAAACGAAAGCCAAGCGCAAAGAGCUGGGCGUCAUAAUUCCACCGGCCGCCCCAAAGUGGCACUCCACCCCGGGGGACGCUUACGGCUGUUUCGACAAGCACCCGCAGCGCUUUGAUCCCGAAGUGCGGCCGCCAAUUGAGGUGGCCAAGGAGAAAAGAUGCCUGCCGAAUAUGAUGAUACAGCCCGGUCGACGGGGCGGCCCGGGUUUCCUCGACAUCUGCAUCAACCCCUACCUGCCCAUGUAUCUGCACUGCGAGCCCUACGACCCGGAAGACCUCCUCGUGCCGUCCAAGGGCCCCAAAGAUGUCAAGCCGAAGCGCGAAUUCGUGAGCCAGUGCAAGCCCGCCGAGUACUUUACCGAGAACCCCUACAGGCGGCUCGCCCAGGCUCGACCUUCGGAGAAAUCCGGGAGGAAAAACAAGCAAGUCGCGGCCCCCGACCGGCCGUGCUUCUACCGGUACUUUCCUUCGGCCCCUCUGGGUCCGUUCAACGGCUGCUUCUCGAGGUUCCCGCUCUACCUGCCGAACCCACCCCCGCGCGAAAAGAGAAAAAAGAGGGGCCAGCGACCGCUACCACCGAUCCGGCCCGUGGGGGGACCACCCGUCAGGAGCAAGUACACCACGAGCGUGAUAGACCUCGUCACCAGGAUCGCUUGUAAUGCUAAUAACUUUGCCGAGUACCGGGAGCAGGUGUACCCCUUGAAGCGAGACUUGGGUGGGCGUUGA